AAUGGUGGAGACGUAAAGAAAAUACAUGUGACAGGAGCGCAGUGGAGGUGGCGCACACUCUUUUUCAGCCCCAAAAAUCGCUUGUGGAGAGGAAAAGUACGGAUCAAGAUCAAUGGCAGUUCCAGGGAGGCGCAACGGCAUGAACGACGACGAAGAGGACUUAGACGACAACGCCCUCUUCGAAGAACCACCCUUCAUUCAAGACGACACCCCCACUCCUCCUCAUCUCCGCGACCUCUCCGCCGCCGCUCAGCUCGGCGACCUCCACGCCCUCCGCCUCGCUCUCGAUAACUUGACUGGUAGUAUUGAUGAGCCAGUGGAGGAUGGGGAUACUGCUCUUCAUUUGACAUGUUUAUAUGGCCAUUUGUCAUGCGUCCAGCUGCUACUAGAAAGAGGAGCAAACAUUGAGGCUAAGGAUGAAGAUGGUGCAAUUCCUUUGCACGAUGCUUGUGCUGGAGGAUAUACAGAGAUAGUGCAACUGCUACUUAACAGAGCUAAUGGUGCAGAACAUAUAAAAAGAAUGUUAGAAUCGGUUGAUUCUGAGGGUGAUACUCCUCUCCAUCAUGCUGCAAGAGGUGAGCAUGUUGAUGUAAUUAGGUUGUUGCUGUCUAAUGGAGCAUCUUUCAGAAAGGCAAACUUAUACGGAAAGACACCGGCAGAUUUGCCUGAACAGGACACAGAUGCUAGGAGGCUGCUUGAAGCUGCCGCUACUGCCAUGGCAUGCUAAUAGCAUUAGCGCAUUGAUCAGUAUAAAUAUUUAGUUUCAUUUUGACGGAGAUGCUACACUUUUUGGACCAUAAAAUCUGUAUUACGUACAUUAUACUCGUAUUUGAAAGUUCAAAAAUCAUAAUUAUUGAUUAGAGAAACAGCUUAGGGGUUUUCAACUUUGGAGAGAUAAAAAUGACGAUUCCCGGAUCACAGUGGACAUUCUUGUUUGCUUUCAUUAGCUUGCUUAUUUGGAAUAUAUUUACUCUUCAAUGUGUCAGUGAACUAUGACUGGAUAGUUAUACUUCUUGUUUAUUCGGUUGCUUAA